CUCGCGGUGUCUUUUCCCACCUUGGCUGGUUGUUGUCAGUUCCUGCAGCUCUUUUCUUUUUUAGCAACUCUUGGGGGUGGUUUGGCACCAUUUCUGUGACAUCUCCUGGGCUGGUGGGAAGCUCUGAGCAAAACUCCUGGAGCAGCAGUGUGGAUUCCUGGGAGGUUUUCCUAUGGAUCAACCUGGGCACGUGUUUUGGGGCCGGUUUGUGCCCCUCUGCCACGGGGCUGCUCUCGUUGCAGGCGUCCUGUCUCUGUGGCUCUGCUCCGUGUCUGCUCUGUGGCUGCUGCCCCUCGGCCAAGAACUCCACCAUCUCCCGCCUCCUCUUCACCUUCUUCCUCUUCCUCGGCACUCUGGUGUCCGUCAUCAUGAUAAUCCCCGGCGUGGAGAAGGAGCUGCACAAGCUCCCGGGCUUCUGUGAAGGCAGCGGGUCUGUGCUGGGGGUCCAGACCCACGUCGACUGCAGGAGCUUCCUGGGCCACAAGGCCGUGUACCGGAUGGGCUUCGCCAUGGCCGCCUUCUUCUGCCUCUUCGCCGUGCUCACGGUGUGCGUGCGCAGCAGCAAGGACCCCCGCGCCGCCCUGCACAACGGCUUCUGGUUCUUCAAGUUCCUGGUGCUGGUGGGGAUCACGGUGGGCGCCUUCUACAUCCCCGACGGGACCUUCACCUCGGUCUGGUUUUACUUUGGUGUGGUCGGCUCCUUCCUCUUCAUCCUCAUCCAGCUCGUGCUCCUCAUCGACUUCGCGCACUCCUGGAGCCAGCGGUGGCUGCGCGAGGCGAGCGAGAGCAACGCCAAGGGCUGGUACGCAGCCCUCUGCACCGUCACCUUCGUGUUCUACGCCGCCUCCAUCGCGGCCGUCGCGCUGCUCUACGUCUACUACACCAAACCCCAGGGCUGCACCGAGGGCAAGGCCCUCAUCAGCAUCAACCUCCUCCUGUGCCUCGUCGUCUCCGUAGUGUCCAUCCUGCCCAAGAUCCAGGAGGCUCAGCCGCACUCGGGGCUGCUGCAGGCGUCCCUCAUCACCCUCUACACCAUCUACCUCCGCUCCUCGGACCACCCUCAGGUGAACAAGCUGAUGCUGACGGAGGAGGGCGGGUCUGGGCCGGGCCCGGGGGAGGCGGCAGAGCCGGGGCCGCACCGCGCCUACGACAACGAGCAGGACGGCGUCUCCUACAACUACACCUUCUUCCACCUCUGCCUCCUCCUCGCCUCCCUUUACAUCAUGAUGACCCUCACCAACUGGUACAGGCCAGACGAGAGCCUGCAGGUGCUGAGCAGCCCCUGGACGGCCGUGUGGGUGAAGAUCUGCUCCAGCUGGGCUGGGCUCCUGCUCUACCUCUGGACUUUGGUGGCUCCACUGGUGCUGCCGGACCGGGACUUCAGCUGAGGUGGCCCCGGGCAUCCUGUUGCCAGUCAGGACUGUGGUGGCCUUGUCCCUCAGGGCCAGGGACAGCCCCAGCUCUGCCUUAGCCCCAGUUCUGCAUGUGGGAGCUGCUGUGCUGGGUUGUGCCUUCUUGCAGGUCUUUUGUUUUAAUUUGAAAGGGAUGAAGUGCCAAGCAGAGAAAUCAAGGGCUGAGAGAGACCUGAGGGUGUUUUUGAAGCUCCCUUCAUGCCCAUGUUUGUCCAGUGCCUUUGGUGGUGCCUCCAAACCCUCUUCUCCCAGCAGAGACCAGUGCCUUGCCUCUUGAGGGUUUGGUUCUCACCAGCUGCUGUUGUCUCACUUGCUGUCCUGGGCCCAUGGUGCCUUUUGGGGGUGCUGGGGACCAGGACCCAGGACCUGGCCACUGUUAUGUCCCCAGACUGCCUAGAGGAAAACGGAAUUGCUGAGAUUUGUGGCUGGAGGCAGACAUCCCUCUGCAUCCCCCAGCCUCGGGGGUGGCCCCAGCUCCUCAGGGGCUCUCCUGCCUGGCUGUCCCCAUGGGAGAACAACCCCCCCCUGGUCCUUGCUAGAGGGCAAGUUGGGGUUCCUG